AAAUGACGCAAAAGGCCCGCCCCUGAGGAAGUGACGGCGGGAGUGCCCUUGACGGGCGGGGAGGGCCGGGCAGUGCGUCCCUCCGCUCGCGCUGCUGGGAGAUGGCGCAGCGACUUCUCCUGAGGAGGUUCCUGGCCUCGGUCAUCCCCAGGAAGCCCCCUCAGAGUCGGUGGGCACCCCUCACCUCCGGGGCCCUCCAGAUCCCACAGGGCCCUCCAGGUGGCCCGGCAGCAGCAGCACGCAGCCCCGCCCAGACCAUCCACACCUCUAGAGCCUGCGCCACCACCUUUAAUGUCCAGGAUGGGCCUGAUUUCCAAGACCGAGUCGUCAACAGUGAAACCCCAGUGGUGGUGGAUUUCCACGCACAGUGGUGCGGCCCCUGCAAGAUCCUGGGCCCAAGGCUGGAGAAGGCAGUGGCCAAGCAGCACGGGAAGGUCCUGAUGGCCAAGGUGGACAUCGAUGACCACACAGACCUCGCCAUUGAAUAUGAGGUGUCUGCUGUGCCCACCGUACUGGCCAUCAAGAACGGUGAUGUGGUGGACAAGUUCGUGGGCAUCAAGGACGAGGACCAGCUGGAGGCCUUCCUGAAGAAACUGAUUGGCUGACAAGCAGGUCUGUCCUAAAGAACCUUAUGGCCCCUUCUGUGAAGACAGGCUCUGGUCCCCACUCUGACUCGACCCAGUCAGCACACACACCCCUCCCAGGCCCAGGGACGGAGAGCAAGCCCUGGCCGGCGGGAACCUCAGGCUCAAGUCUGCAAGGUCCCAGCACCCCUGCCCUCUGCUUCUCUGAGCAGGUGGCUCAACUGUGAACCAAUCAGACCAAUAAAAGGAGGGCUUGCACUGCCCACAGCUUCCCAUCAA